UAUUCCUCUGCUUCGAUUGUCAAGCAAUGGCCGAUCAAGUGACCCUCCUGGACUUCUGGCCAAGCAUGUUCGGGAUGAGGUGCCGAGUAGCGCUGGCUGAGAAAGGGGUCGAGUACGAGUACAAGGACGAGGACUUGUGGAACAAGAGCGAGCUCCUCCUUCGGAUGAACCCGGUCCACAAGAAAAUCCCCAUCCUCGUCCACAACGGCAAGCCCGUGUGCGAGUCCCUCGUCAUUGUGGAGUACAUCGAUGAGACCUGGAGCCACAAGGCCCCUCUCUUGCCAUCCGAUCCUUACGGGCGAGCCCGAGCCAGAUUCUGGGCUGAUUUCAUCGACAAGAAGUUCUAUAAUCUGGGGCAGAAGGUGGCAAUGACGAAAGGGGAAGAACAGGAGGCGGCUAAGAAGGAAUUCAUCCAAAGCCUGAAACUACUGGAAAGUGAGCUAGGAGACGAGCCUUUCUUUGGGGGCAAGAAGUUUGGGUUCUUGGACAUAUCAUUCAUUGGCUUCUACUGCCGGUUCUACACCUACGAGAUGUGUGGGAACUUCAGCAUCGAAGCAGUGUGUCCGAAGCUCGUUGCGUGGGGCAAAAGGUGCAUGGAGAAGGAGAGCGUGUCCAAAUCUCUCCCCGACCCUCAAAAGUUGUAUGGCUUCGUCUUGGAGGUCAAGAAAGCAAUGGGCAUAGAGUAGGGUACUGGGGGUAAAGUGUUCUUCGGAUUGAUGCUCGUUUCAUUCUCUAUAUUCUCUUUUUUUUCUUAAUAGUUCUGUCAUCCGAGAGGACACUUCGCUGUGUCUUCUCUUCAUCUUGUCCUACUAGGCGAUCAUGCCGCAUGGAAGUA